AUGCGCGGCAAAAGCUUGUCGAACCACAUAAUUGGCUCGUCGUCUUCUCCGGCCUUCAAGAGGUGUUUUCCCUUCACUAUUUCCUUCGAAGUCUCCGGGGGAAAUAAAGCCCACCUGCAGCCACCGCCCCACAGCCACUUCGCCACUCCCGGACUUCCCCGCAAACCCAAACUCCCCCAAAGGGGGCCGCCGCUCUUCUCCCACGAUGGCGUGCAGGUCCACGGGGAAGAGUUCAGGCACUCGCCAGUCAUUCAACAAGCCGCAUGUGUUCGCCUUGUCCUCCACUGCAGACUCGAAGAGGUAAAGCGGCGAGUCGUCGUUUUGCUGUUUCAAAUAGUCAAUGAAGUACUUAAUUUUGAGUUUUAUUUUAUCUCCAUUGUCUUUUUCUCCAACUUUGAACUUCGCCGUCCUGUAGGCGCGCCGCAGGCUUUCGAUAUCCCAGCGGCGCAUCGCCGGCCAGUCCUCCAUCCACCCGCACAGCAGCACAGGCCUCCCGGGGACUUCGUAGUUGCGAAUAAAGUCCACAAGAGUGGUGUUCGCCUUGUAGAUCCUGGGGAGGUUUUCACGAAUGUGCAUCGACCUUUCGCAGAAGUCCGUUUCUGCAUAUCUGAAUUUGCUCCAUUCGCUCCAGUGGAUAUCUCCUCGGUGCUGCUUCUUGGCCCUUCUUAUUCUGUCUCGCGUUUUGCGGUGCUGAAAGUUCGGCUCCGGCAAAGGCUUGGGGCUGCUGUCGGUCUGUGGCGGCUUUUGAAGAGCUGCGUCUGUCUUUUCCUUCGUCUCUCGAGUUGCGUUCGAAUUUGCUGCUGCUGCUGCUGCUGCUGCUGCUGCUGCUGCUGCUGCUGCUGCUGGUGCUGCUGCUGCAGCUUUCCCGUUGGGCUGUUUCGCUGA